AUGGCGGCCCCCCGAGUUUUCCGCCCUGCGGCCCGUCUGCUUUCUUCGCGCCUGGCCUCCACCCCUCUGCGCCCGGCUUUCACCCAGACUGCGUGCGCUCCGUCAAUUCUGCGCGCUCGCGGAUACGCUUCCGAGAGUGGCACCAAGGAGGUCACUGUUCGUGAUGCCCUGAACGAGGCUCUGGCGGAGGAGCUCGAGAGCAACCAGAAAACUUUCAUUCUGGGUGAGGAGGUCGCGCAAUACAACGGAGCUUACAAGGUGACGCGAGGUCUUCUGGACCGCUUUGGCCCCAAGCGAGUGAUCGAUACUCCCAUCACUGAGGCUGGCUUCUGUGGUAUCGCCGUUGGUGCUGCGCUUGCUGGUCUGCACCCUAUUUGCGAGUUCAUGACCUUCAACUUCGCCAUGCAGGCCAUUGAUCAGAUUAUCAACUCCGCCGCUAAGACUCACUACAUGUCCGGUGGUAUCCAGCCUUGCAACGUCACUUUCCGUGGACCCAACGGUUUCGCCGCCGGUGUCGCUGCUCAGCACUCCCAGGACUACUCUGCCUGGUACGGCAGCAUCCCCGGUCUGAAGGUCGUCUCCCCCUGGAGCUCGGAGGAUGCCAAGGGCCUGCUCAAGGCCGCUAUUCGUGACCCCAACCCUGUCGUGGUCCUCGAGAACGAGCUUAUGUACGGCCAGGCUUUCCCGAUGAGCGAGGCCUCCCAGAAGAGCGACUUCGUCCUGCCCAUCGGCAAGGCCAAGAUCGAGCGUCCCGGCAAGGACCUAACCAUCGUCUCCGUCUCCCGCUGCGUCGGCCAGUCCCUCACCGCCGCCCAGGAGCUCAAGUCCAAGUACGGUGUUGAGGCUGAGGUCAUCAACCUGCGCUCCAUCAAGCCCCUCGACGUUGAGACCAUCAUCGCCUCGCUGAAGAAGACCGGCCGCCUCAUGGUUGUUGAGUCCGGCUACCCCAUGUACGGUGUGUCCUCCGAGAUCAUGGCUCUGUCCAUGGAGUACGGCUUCGACUACCUGACUGCCCCCGCAGCCCGUGUCACCGGUGCUGAGGUCCCCACCCCCUACGCCCUCGGCCUGGAGAACAUGUCCUUCCCCCAGGAGGACACCAUUGUCGGCCAGGCCGCCAAGGUCCUGCGUUUGUAA